ACGUAACUAGUCUGUUGAGAUUGCGCAUUUCAAAGCAAUUGAAAUAGUGUACUCAUAACCAGCCUCUCCCGUAUUCGUGCAUGAAGCAAUGGGCGAAUUGGUCCUCGGUAAUGGAGGGCCGUAAUUCGUCGCUUAGGUUAGAUCCCUGCCCGGAUGAGGUGCAUAGUCCGACGGAAAGGGAGCUAUAAUUCGCUAGGAAACGAAGCGGAACCCCAUCCGUGCUACGCGCUGCACCGCGCCAUAACAGUGAGCUAGGUUCAGCCCGUCGAGCUAGCAGUAGGGUCCGUCUGCCGACUGCUAGUUGGGGAGCGGCAAGGGGGUAUCUGGUUGCUUGUUGGUUGGCACGAGAUGGGGAUCGAGGGACCUCGCAGCAGUAAGGCGGGUUUUACAUGUAGGCUGACGGGACCAAAGACAGACUUACAGUACGGGCCUCUUAACGGGAUCUGCACACAGCCUAGCUACGUGUACGGUGCCUAUCUAGGACUCCUCGUCUUGUUGCUUCGUUUCGCCUCCGUGGGUUUCGCGUAUUGUCAUUUGAUAGAUCACUGCCGGCCCAUCUGCCUAUAGGAUCACGAAGUCCUCGAAAUCCUCCAAGCAGCCAAGGUUCCACUGCCGCUUGACUGCCGAGCAGAGAGUCUCAUUGGGUCACGAGCGUGAGUCAGUGCAUCACUCCCCGAUCAACAGAUAGACGGGCAGGCAGAUCUCAUGAUGUCGCUCCGGGCAUUAUUAGCAGCAGCCUGCGUCACAUUGGCGGCCCUUCCCGGCCAAGCCGUGGCGAGUUGCAGCAGGGGCGCUUGUUCCCCGUCCGGGCUGUCCUCCCGCACCACCACCGCGCAGGAGGUAGUGGACAAGCUCAGUAUGGCCCCAAACGUCGAAGGGGGCUACUAUGUCGAGACGUUCCGCGACGAGCUGCUGCUACCCGGUAGCAACCGCUCUGUGAGCACAGCCAUCUACUAUCUCCUUGAAGGCCCGAAUGUGCCCUCAGUCUGGCACCGCGUGGACGCCGUCGAGAUCUGGCAUUGGUAUGCCGGCGCGCCUCUCAUCUUGGAGCUUUCGAACAACGAUGGCACGCCGACGCGGAGCCACGUCUUGGGUCAAGACAUAUUCGGCGAUCAACAGCCUCAGAUCGUGAUCGCGGCGGACGAAUGGCAGCGUGCAACGAGCUGCGGGAACUGGACCCUCGUGGGAACUACCGUGGCGCCGGCAUUUGUUCCAGAGGGAUAUGAGCUAGCACCAGACGGCUGGGAACCCAAUGAUGGCGCUUAAGAUGCCAGAUUGUUCCCGGCGCCGACGGACGCGAUGGACCAAUUAUUGCGCGAAACACCUGUGAGCAAAUACAUGAUCUGAGGCUGGUAGAUACUACCCAUCCCGCAGCGGUCGGUCACCUCUCGGCCCAUCUUUGGACAGGUACAUAGUAUUUAUGCGCUGGGCAUGGUGACGUCCUGCAUACAUGCGAUGGCACCCUACUUCAUGGUUUAUAUAUAGCUCCGAUCAAAGGUCUCAGAUUCUCACCGUGGGUGUUAUGCAGAUACCUAGGAAUGUAAUGUGCACGUGUAUGGGUAGUAGCCAUUGACUGGCUUAUGCUACAGUAAGAGAAUAAAUGUAGUAUUGUAAAGUGUCAUGUGACUAAUUGGAAAGAUUAGGUGCCUGUCACUUCUAUGGGCGCUGGCAUAGCUAUCACCUUCAAUAUUCCAAGGGUACUACCGGUAUUCAGGAUAUACGGAGUAUAGUUUACAUGCUUCUUAUCUUGAAUACGGUAAACACAUCAUGAUUAUCUAUAGCUUUAUUUGCUCAUGAUCUUCAGAAGUUUCCCGCUUCUAUCAAGAUCCUAAUUAUAGCUUAAAGUAGACCUUUCACGCCGAUGCUUAUCCAGAAGACCACUGGC